AUGUCUCUACUCACCAAUUAUGAGGGGCUUCGGCAUCAGAUCGAGAGGCUGGUGCAGGAAAAUGAGGAACUGAAGAAGCUGGUGCGGCUCAUUCGGGAGAACUAUGAGCUCAAGUCAGCGAUCAAGACACAGGCGGGCGGCCUGGGCAUCAGCGGGUUCAGCAGCGGGCUUGGUGAGGCGGCGGCCAGUGCAUCUCCACACCAGGGUAACUGUGUCUUCCUGCCCCCGUCCCCGGCAGCAGCAAACGAACCUGUCCUGGAAGAAGUGGGGAUUGUGGCUCUGGCACCCCUGGCCGACGUGCUAAACAGCCCGCAGCCCAGCCCCGUGGCAGGCCCCAUCGUGAGCCCCCUGGCAGGCCCUCUCAACACGCUGCUGCCCAGCCCGGGGCCCAUCUCCCAGAGCAGCCCACUCACCAGCCUCCUGAGCAGCCACCUGGCCAUGCCCCCAGGGGGCACACCGGCCAGCUCCCUGGGCCUGCCCUCCACCGGCUCCCUGACUCCAGGAAGCCCCCUGGCAAGCCCCCUAGCUGUGUCUCAGAACAGCCCCCUGAUGCCCCCUAUGAUGGGCUCGGGGGUCCUCUCCCUGAGCAGCCCCUUGCUCACCUCCACGGCCGCCCCUCUAGGUGUCUCUCAGAACGUUCUGGCCAACCCCAUGAACAAUCUGGUGCUGUCGGAGGCCCCACGGGUGCGGCUGGCAGAGCCGCUCCGAGGAUAUCCCCCUGGACCCCACGCGUCGGCUGGCGGGGGACCUACUGCCACCUCCAAAGUCCCACUCUCCACUGAGCAUCCCCAGCCAACCCAGGAGCCGGAGCCCCUCGGCAUGACAUUUGUGGGUGCGCCCAUCCAGACCUCCACCCCUGUUGGUGCCCUGGGCACUCCGGGCCCCAUGACAGCCUUCUCCUAUGGCACCUCAGAUGCCCAGACACAGCCUGGUGGCCCCCAGGGACAAGUGGUCCCUGCCUCUGUCCCUGUCUCGACUGCCUCCAACAUUGCCAUCCUCACCUCUGCCCCCACCCCCACCCCCACCCCCCCAGUGACCACCAGCUACGCCCCCUCACGCACGCUGCACCCCUCUGCCCGGACGCACCACUCCCCAUCCCGGCCCUCGCCCACCCCCCACUCCCCACCACGCAACCCCUGCUCCCCACCGCGAACUUCGUCCUCCCCGGCUUCAGUCACCGACACCCGUGGUCCACGUGGCCCAGAGCAGUCUCGGAAAAGCAUCCUGGAGUUGGAGCGGAAGCUAGCCCACCGCAAGAGCAGCAAGUUCCCCAACAGCUCUCGAGAAUCAAAACAGCUGGCCUGGGAGAGGCUGGUGGGGGAGAUCGCCUUCCAGCUGGACCGCAGGAUCCUGUCCAGCAUCUUCCCGGAGCGUGUGAGGUUGUAUGGCUUCACAGUCUCCAACAUUCCGGAGAAGAUCAUCCAGGCCUCCCUGAACCCCAGUGACCACAAGCUGGACGAGGAGCUGUGCCAGACGCUCACACAGCGCUAUGUGAGCAUCAUGAACCGGCUACAGAGCUUGGGCUACAACGGGCGCGUGCACCCGGCACUGACGGAGCAGCUGGUGAACGCCUACGGCAUCCUGCGGGAGCGGCCAGAGCUGGCCGCAUCUGAGGGCGGCUCCUACACAGUGGACUUCCUGCAGCGCGUGCUGGUGGAGACCGUGCACCCCAGCAUGCUCACCGAUGCGCUGCUGCUGCUUUCCUGCCUCAGCCAGCUGGCCCAUGAUGAUGGCAAGCCCAUGUUCAUCUGGUGA